GCUAACACUGUUUGGUCUGGGUAUGCUUUAUAGUUUCCUGGUCAAUGACGUCACCUGCCUGGUCAAUGACGCCAUUGGACUGAUUUUAGUCGUGCUUCACGACGCAGUCACGCAGAGGCAUUCCCACAGCAUCAAAGACUCUGACGCAGUGCGAGUUCCCUUGAAAGGGAAUCCUAUUUUAUACAGGCAACUUUUUUUACUUGGACAAGUGUAUGGCCUAUUUACCUGUCAUAUGAAUGGCCUAUUUACAUGCACAUGACAAGGCUUAUUGUCGAACCCUGAUAUAUAUCAUCAACAGUAUAAAAGUGUGCAAUGAGAGAAAUAAACUGCAGAUGCUGGACUUAACCGAUCUCUAACUUCUUUAACUUAAGCAAACGCUGGUAAUACACCUUUAGUUAACAAAACAAAAUCAUAAACAUUUUAGUGCUAUAAAGGUGAGCAAACUGAAAGUAUAGGAAAGUAUAGCAAGUAGUCUACGGCUAGUAAUAAACACCACCUUAACAUGAUCACUAACUUAAGCAAACACUUUUAAUACACAUUUAGUUAACAAAAUGAAACCAUAAACAUUUUAAUGCUAGUAAAAGUGUGAGUACAAGGAAACGAUCCACCCGCAUGCCUCUCAGCAAAGGUGCCUGUCACGUCAAAUGCAAACUUGAAAUGGCCUGAAAACAUGAUGACUGUGGGGUUUUUAGUGAGCAAUCAGCAUGGUGAAACUAAAGGUAGGGGAGCGCGGGGCACAAACUAAACGCGGGGUUAGUUGUAACACACGUGGUUUAAAUACUUCCACACACGCUAGCAUGAAGAAACAGCGUAUUUACUAGUUGCCAUAUCAAAAAUAUAUAGAGAAAAAAUUGCGCCAAAAUUCAGAAAUCUUUGGGAGAUACCACUGAACAUUUAUUUAACAAUAGCAAAAGUAAAUUUAUUACUUAAGCUAAUUUUUCAUCUAUAUUUUUUGUGUUUAUUUAAAAUUAGACAAAUUUUAUAUUAUUUUAAUCUCCAAUCUGUUGUUUAGCAGUUUGGGUAGUUCUUUAAUGCUUCACUAACUAUCAGAAGACGCUAACCAGGUUUAAAGUCCAGUUGCGCAGAGAGGGUUCGUUGUAACACUGCGUUACAAUGUGCCCCGCUAUUAGAACUGUGCUAUUCUAUACAGUUACGAUACAACUGGAAUAAUUCACUUUUAUGAAUUUCUGUUGAUAAACUGAGAAAAAAAAGGUGAAUAAAGACUGAGAGUAAGAACCUGAACAUCCAGAAAAUAUUAUUUCAAGAAAUGUUCAGCAUUUGUACGGUCUUGUCUAUUUUUCUCGUGUUCUGUGAGAGCUGUAUGUGGAGGGAGGGGAGUGUUUUUGUUCAGCUCUGUGUUUUUCUGAAUGUCUGAAUAUGUUUCUUCAUCUGUUUGCCUGUAUUGUUUUUACCAGUGCUGUAUAGCUGUGUUUUACAGAGUGUUCAAAUUACAAAAUAAUUUAAAUUUGAAUUUCUAAAAAAGUGCUAUUAUUUUAUAUGAAAAAAAAAAAUAUAUAUUGUCUUUUAUUGACAAAAUAUUUUAGUUUUUAGUUUAAAAUAUUUUAAUUCAAUCACAUAACAUUUUUAGCUGUCAAAUGGUCAUGUUACAAAGUGCCACAUCACAUGUUACAAUGUGCCCCACCUAUGGGGCAUGUUGUCACAUUUCACUUCCCUACCUUUAGGGUAAAUAAAAAAUAAAGUAUACACUGUAUUAAUGAAACAAAGCCACAUAUUUGUACCAGACGUGUGAAAUUAAUGUGGAACAAAAUAAAUUCUCUGAACCCUAAGUAGAUUUACACAAACUGAGAAAGUCAAAAAGCAUUAGGUUGUGCUCUGCGCUCCCCUACAUCUUGUGUCUGUGACCAGUGUGUAUAAGCUGAAAAUAAGUUGACUAUUAAAAAAAAAAAGUUGAACAUUAGUUCACAAAUAAAUAUAUAUUGUUUAAAUUGUUACUGCUUUUAGUUAUAAAUUAUUUGGAAUAAAUGUAAAAAUACUUGAUCAAAUUUAUACUUGGUUUUAAUAAAUAGAACAUUACAUAGGCCUAGUUAUUGCAACAACAACAACAACAAAAAUUUAAUUGUAUUUGGCCUCUCUUUUUUAUGUAAUGUUUAUUUAACCAGGGAAAUUAAGAAUAAGACAUAAAUUUACAUUUGAUAUACAGUAUAUAAAAAAAUUUGAGGACUUUGCCGCCUCAUUUUAAAACACCACCGCACACCACUGAUUUAAUUAUAUAAAUAAAAAUAAAAGAAAUGCAAAUAAUUUUUCUUUCUUUUUUUUUUUUUUUUUGUACCAGGGAUGUAAAGAAUAAGGAUGGCACUCUUAGUGUUUAUUCAUAGUUAAUAAUUUGUUUAAAAAAAGUGCAUCAUUGUGUCAUGACUUUACUUGAGGGGGCACAUCAUAAUUAACUCAUUAUUAACUAACCAUACACUAACAUCAACUAAUGGCUUGUUAAUGCAUUAUUUUUAUUAUGACUUCACUUGCGGGGGCACAUCAUAAUUAAUUCACUGUUAACUACUUAGCAAAUUUAGCUCAUAAUUUAUCAUAAACUUACAACUAGUAUUCAGCCCAGUUAAGUGAUGUUGUGUGGCUUUUCAAGAAGUCAGAGAAUGGAGGUACAGUAUCAUCACGGCCUGCGUCUGGAUGGAGAGUGAACUGUUCUGAUCCCAGCAAACGUUCCCAGACCUUACUGCAUGUUUCCUGUUUGGUUAUUUUUUUGGGAAACAUUUCCUCAGGAACUGUCAUAAGUCACAGCAGGUUUAGUUUGAUGGGAAAGAAUAUCACAAAACGACCUUUUAAAAUAAAUUAUUAGUGGAUUUAGUAUUUUAUGUUUGAUAAGGAGAAUCAGUGAAAAUAAUGACAAUCUAAUCCUGUGCCUCUUAGUAAUGUUUAUAAUGAAGCUGCUGAUGUCAGUAGUUUAAAUUAUGACAAUAAUACAUUGUUUCAAUUUAUUUCAAAGUCAGAAUAUUUCUUAUUCCUUCUUAUAGAGACUGUUUGAUUUAGUUUACACCUAAAUGUUAAUUAAUACAUUAACUAUCAAACAUGCAUUAUUAGAUAAGGCUGCUGUUAUUCAUGCAUGAAUCCUGGCGUUAAAGAUCGCUCUUCAUUGGUUCAUGGUUAGUUCACAUCUUCAUUAAUCAUCAGUUCAUGUUGAAGUAACUAUUAAGUCAGGUAUUAAUACAUGAUUAUUCAUGUACUGUUAUUGUAAAGUGUUACCCAGUUAUUUCUUAAUCACUCUACUGCAUAUGGUAUAGAUGUAUAUGUGUUCUGAUGACAGACUGUGAUUUUUUCCCUUUAGGCUUUCUCUCAUGUCUCUUAAAAAACUGGUUUGCCCUGUUUUCCCAGAGACGAGUUUCAGAGCGUUUUCUUGGAGAAAUCAGUUCAGAGGUAGAAAAAGAAUCCUUCAAAGCCCUUAUUGUUCAUGAAGUGAAUCGGUGAAGGACGAUGCCGUCUGUUUCAGAGCAGCUUCUGCAUUCUUUGGAUGAUCUAGACGCAGAGGAACGGAAGAGGUUUAAAUGGCACUUAAAGAAUAACUACAAUGUUCCCAGUUCUGCUCUGGAGAAUGCAGAUAGGUUAGACACAGUGGAUCUGAUGAUGGCGCGUUUUGGACCAGACGAAGCUGUGAAGAUCACGGUGGACAUCCUGAAGAAGAUGAACCUGAACCAUAAGGCUGAAGAGUUAGAAAAGAAACACAAGGAAGACAUUGUUCCCAGGACCAGGAACGAUUUCCUACAAUAUUCCCAUCAGUUCACUCUGGAUCCGAACACAGUGAAUGAACGCCUCCGUCUGUCUGAGAGCAACAGAGUGAUUACUUACAUUGACACAGUCCAGCCGUAUCCUGAUCAUCCAGACAGAUUUGAUGUGUGCCAGGUGUUGUGUAGAGAGAGUGUGUGUGGACGCUGUUACUGCGAGAUUGAGUGGAUUGGGACUGUAUAUAUAUCAGUGUCAUAUAAGAGCAUCAGCAGGAAGGGAGGGAGUAUUGAGUCUGUCUUUGGAAAUAAUGAUCAGUCCUGGAGUUUGAUCUGCUCUUCCUCCAGAUACUCAUUCAUACACAAUAACAUUCAGACUGAUCUCCCCGUAAAGCCCAUCAGCAGUAGAAAAGGACUGUAUGUGGAUCACUAUAGAAUAGGAGUGUAUGUGGAUCACAGUGCAGGAACUCUGUCCUUCUACAGCAUCUCUGACACAAUGAGCCUCAUCCACACCGUCCGGACCACAUUCACUCAACCACUCUAUCCUGGGUUUGGGGUUUAUUGUGAAUUGACUGGUGUUAGAAACGUUAAAUAUGAAGCAUCAGUGAAACUGUGUUGAUGAAUCAGAACAGACUGAUUCUACCCAUAAUGCUUUGAGGUGCAUGAUACAUCAGUGACAGUGAGAUGUUAUAGCCUCUUCAUUACAUUAAUACUGCAGCUGAACUUAUGUCACUGAAAUAACGUCAGAAUAAAUGUGUGUAAUAAAUCCUCAUAGACAGUAAGAA